UGCAAAGCCAGUCAUUGCGCCACCCACUGGCAACAGGAACCAUGUUGCGAAGAAGCUCCCGACUGCAAGCCUCAGGUUACUAUGACACAGAUGGUAACCCAGUAGUUUCUUAUAAGGAAAUCCUGAAAAGAGUUUUCAAAAGGCGUAUAUUUUUUCGCCGCAGAGACAGCAUCAGUUACAGAAAUGGAGCCAUGCAAGGCUACAUGAGUGUCCCCUUUCAAUCCAGACCGAAGAUUUUCUUAUAUGCCCUCUUGGGGCUCUUGUGUUGUGGAUUACCUUUCCUCCUUCGUACUCUGACUGGCAGUUAUCUGGAUCCAAUACCCUCAAAACUGCCAUUCUUCAUUUCUACUCCAACCAACAGCUCUACAGAUCCAAAUGCAUUGGAGUCUUCUAUCAUUGAGAUACAUGGUUCACCUACACAAUGCAAACACAUGUGGCAGCAAAAAGAGUUGCAGGAUGAGCUGCUGAGGUUAAAAAAGAAAAUAAUGACCCUUUUCCCAGAAGCAGACUCAUUGCCCAACUUUGCUCUGGAGACGCUUGGAGCAAGAGUUGUACAUUCUUGGACGUCAAAGUCCUACCAGACACCUGAGCCAUAUUUGACGAUUCUCGGAAUACCUAUAUGGCGAUCACCUGUGAGCGCGAGUGUUGUGAUUCAGGGACACUCUCCUCUGCUUCCAGGUCGCUGCUGGCCCUUUUCAGGUGGUCAGGGACAUUUAGUCAUUGCACUCCCAUACACCAUCACUGUCAGCCAUGUGACACUGAGUCACAUUUCAAACAAAAUAUCCCCAAGCAGUACCAUUAAUGCAGCACCAAAGGUGUUUUCCAUCUAUGGAAUGGAAUAUUUGGGCAGUGAUGAAUCUCGACUGGGAACCUUUCUUUACGACCAGGAUGGAGACCCAGUGCAAACCUUCAGAAUAUCAGACAAUAAAAGUGGAGCCUUCAACUAUAUAAGGCUUCAAAUUGAGAGCAACUGGGGCCACCCUGACUACACCUGUCUGUACAACUUCAGGGUUCAUGGAAGGUGGACAAAUAAAAACACAAAGGAAGGAGAUUCAAAGUUAAAAUCUCCAAAUUCAUACAUAUGUGGAAGAUGAUGAACAAUCAGAUUCUUUUCAACGGCUCUUUGGUCAGAGUGAAGAGAACCAAGUUGUAGGCCACAGGGGCCGUUCUCCCCAUUUUUUUAAAUUUUAUUUUAUGACAAAUCUACAUAGUAGUAACAGCAAGUUGCUCCCUGAACUAGAGGCAGAUAGUUUCAACAAACCUUGUAUAACGAGCAUGAGAACUCCACAGCUCAACAGUGAGUGAGCCACAGAAUAAAUGUUAAAAUGAAAAAUAAAAAUGAGUCGGUGCACUUCGCAAAGUAUAUAGUAGAUGAAAACCUAAUUUUAAAGUGUCUGGAUAGUUCCGUUCUAUGAGAAUCACUUUCACUAGUUUCUUGUCUCCAUCCAGCACA